UUGAGUAAAACUAGAGAAGAGCUGAGCUCUGAGAUCUGCCACUACUGCCUGCUACCAGGAGUUUGCAUUAAACUGCAGGACAACCAGACUCAAGAACGAGGGAAAACCCAAUACUUUUUGUCCUUUUUCUUUUUAAACACAACAAAAAAAAAGGAUUCAAAUUCAUCUUUUUGAACCACUUCCCCCAAUUCCUCUUCUGAAUUACACCAGGACUUUAAAAGCAUGGCAGAGCAGAAGAGGCAGGUGUCUCUGACCCAGGCUGUGACCCUAGCGCUGGAUUCUGUUUCAAAAGUGUGUCCACCCUGUGACAAUGAGUUGAAAGCCGACACCAUAAUGGAGCACUACUGCGCCAGUGAUUUUGCACUCAAGAUGAAGAUUAAAGAGGUGAAAAAGGAAAAAGGCGACCGCAAGCUCAUCGCAGCACAAAAGAAGAAGAAGUUUCUGAAGAUGGGAAUACUGAGGAAGAAAGAUUUGAAGAAGCUCACGCUAUACAUCAAGAAUGGAGCAAACUGUCCCUGCUCGCAACUGGACAAUCUCGGGAGCAACUUCCUCAUCAUGGGCCGCAAAGUGGACCAACAGUUACUGCUCAUGUCCAUCCACAAGUGGGACAAAAAGAGCAAGGAACUCAAGUUUGCCAUUAAAUACAUGAAGUCUCAUCAGUGUCCCACCUAUCACGCGGUCUUCCAAUGACCAAUGACUCUUCUGUCUAUUGCGGGCCCUGCGUCUUCCAAUAAUUCUUUCAGAGACCAUAUCCAUGCCUAAUUCCGACAGUUAGUACAGAUGUAUUUCAUUACUCAAGAAAUGGCUUUUGGAAACUGCUUAGGACUUAAUUCAUCAUCAAGUACAGCUACAAUUUGUUGGCAACUGUCUCUACAUAAAAUUUAUUGUUUAUGAAGCAAUCAGCACACUUAUGAUGCUCAUGCAUAUUUUAGUGAAACUUUCCUUGUUCCCUCAUUCAGAGCACAAGAGACUUUUCGGAAAGACAUUGACAACCCUUUAAAUCAAUGUGAGAAAAAGAAAAUUGUGAACAAGAGCUUUAAAGAGUGCACUCGCUUAAUGAGCACAUUUGAUUUAAAUGGCCAGAUUCCACUUAAACGAAAAAGAACAAAAUAGUGCCAACUGUUUUUUUUUUUUGUAUCUUUUAUUUUGUAGAUAAGGAAUAAAAAGGUUUUAUUAUAUACUACGAAGAUACAAUCGUGAUCAUUAGCGCCAAGAUGGGACACGACUCCAGCUGUGGCUUGAAUCGUGGGAGGUAAGAAAGCUGAUGGAUUGUAAAGUGUUGGUCAGGACGGCAGCCCAAAUACUUCAACCGCAGUCAUGUGAGCAAGUCCAGACCGUUUCUCUGCUCAACAUAUCAGCCAAGCUUAUGGCAGACUCUGGACUCAUUCAGGCAAUUUGGUUAGUGAAGUGUUUGGUCCUUCUCAUGUUUUCUAUACAACAUAAUUUUUUACUAAAAUUAUUAUAUAUUGCUACAAAUAUACAUACAUGCUAUGGAAAAAGCCUUCCAACAUUACAUCUGAGUCCACUGUAAUAAAAGUUAAAAUCUAACUCUGCUAGUUCUGUUUAAUCAGAGAUCAGGAACCUUUUUAACAAUAUUACAAUUCAAUUCAAUUCAAUACACUUUAUUGUAUUUGUCUUGGACCCUGGAGCCCGCAUACACAUACAUACACUUACAUUGCAUAAUAAAACCUUACCUUAUGUUG